GGUCCAAUUGGUGCUCUGGGUCCCAUUGGACCUAUUGGUUUGCCAGGAGAAAAAGGCCAGAGAGGGGAUCCUGGUCUACCUGGGCCACUUGGUGAAAGAGGAAAUAUGGGUCCAACUGGAGUUCCAGGAUUUUCAGGUCUAGAUGGAAUGCCUGGGCUACCAGGAAUGGAAGGACCUAGAGGAAAGCCUGGGGCAGAUGGCUGCAAUGGUACCAGAGGUGAUCCAGGGCUUCCAGGAGGAGACGGAUGCAUUGGACCAAAAGGAUCACUUGGUAUACCUGGCCAAAAAGGAGAAAAAGGAAAUUCCAUACAUACUUUCAUUCAAGGAACAACUGGAGAAAGAGGGGACCCUGGACCUCAAGGCGCGACUGGUCCUAGAGGAAAAAAGGGACCCAGAGGUCCAUCUGGAUUUCCAGGCCACCCAGGUGAACAGGGUUUUCAAGGUCAGCCUGGUUUACCAGGUGAUCAGGGGAAUCCAGGAAUUGGAGUGGAAGGACAAAAGGGAGAGCCGGGUGAUGUAGGACCUCCUGGUUCUCCAGGACAGCCAUUACUGGUUGGACCACCUAGUUCUAGACUGUUAAAGGGAGAAAAGGGAAUAAAGGGAAUGCCUGGAUCUACUGGCUCAAGAGGAUUGCGUGGUCAUAAAGGUGAAUUUGCAAUUGGAGACAAGGGUGAUAAGGGGAUUCCUGGUUUUCCUGGAAAGCAGGGAAUUCCUGGCUCAUAUGGUUCUCCUGGUUUCCCAGGAAACAAGGGUAAAACUGGAACACAUGGAAUUCCUGGUCAAGAUGGUUUGAUAGGCAUUAAGGGGGAUCCUGGAGACAUUGGGCAGCCUGGGCCACCAGGACCUCGAAGAACUGCACUCACUGGAUCAAAGGGUAUUCAAGGGGACCCUGGAGAUCCCGGACUUCCUGGAGAGAGAGGAACAGAUGGAAUGCCUGGUUCUGCUGGUGGCAAAGGAAGGCAAGGGGAAGAUGGACUCAGCUUUCCUGGUCCUAAAGGUGCAUUGGGUGUAGAGGGUCCUCAAGGCUUCCCUGGUGGCCCUGGUCUUCCAGCUCAGUCUAGUACAUCUCCAGGAAGGCCAGGAUCUCCAGGAUUACCUGGUUUUCCAGGAGUACCAGGAAGACCGGGCUUGCCUGGACCACCCGGUGUUGCCUGUGAAGGGAGAGGGUCCCCUGGAGAACCAGGAGCUAAAGGUCCAAAAGGACCACCGGGAGAAAGAGGUGGAAAGGGAGUGAAAGGAAAUCCAGGGAACUGCUCCUGUGGGCUUGGCCCUUGUGGUCCACCUGGCCAACAAGGUCUACCAGGGACACCUGGGAGAAAAGGAGAAGUGGGAACACCUGGAAAAUAUGGAAGAAAAGGUGAUCCCGGUUUUCCUGGUAGACGAGGAAGACCAGGGCCCUUAGGAUUGCCAGGUCCAUUUGGACUGACAGGUGAAAAAGGAGAUAAAGGUGACCCAGUUGAAGUAAGGAUCAAAGGUAUUACUCUCCCAAGUGGAAGAGCAUAUCCCGGGAAUCCAGGUAUACCAGGAUAUAAAGGUAUACCAGGUCCAAAAGGAUUAAGAGGUCCACCUGGACCACCUGGACCCAAUGGUUUUGAUGGUUUCAAAGGCCAGAAAGGUAGAGUAGGAACAUCAGGCAAUCCUGGUCCGGAAGGUUUAAGGGGUGAGACUGGUGAUCCAGGUGAACAAGGUGAACAAGGUUCAAGUCCGGAUGGCCCUCCUGGAUUGCCAGGCCUUCCUGGGCUUCAAAGUCCAAAAGGUGUUCCAGGUGACAUUACCUACAGCCCUCCAGGUACCCCGGGCAAAAGAGGUCUUCCAGGGCUACCAGGUUUGCCAGGCCUAACAGGUGACCCUGGAUUUCCUGGGCUUCCAGGGCAACCUGGCACACCAGGGCUUCCAGGAGCUAAAGGUCUCCGAGGCCAAAAAGGUGACACAGGAGUGAUGGGUUAUCCUGGAUCACCUGGUCUGGUCUGUGAGAAAAUGUUGCAGGGGCUACCAGGACCAUCAGGCUCUGUUGGAACACAAGGACCUAAAGGAUUGAAGGGUAUUAAAGGUCCUCAGGGAGAUAUGGGAGCACCAGGCCCAGCUGGAAUGAAAGGAUUGCCGGGAGCCCCUGGAACCCAAGGGCCACCUGGCUUUCCAGGCUUACGAGGAGAUCCAGGAUUUUCAGGGGAAAACGGACUGCCAGGUCUUCCAGGAACAAAAGGAGACAAAGGAUCCCAAGGCAUGCAAGGUUUCCCAGGCCUCCCAGGAAAUGCAGGAGAAAUGGGAGCAUCAGGUGUAAAAGGAGAAGAAGGGCAAAUUGGUCUAUCUGGUCCUCCAGGAGAAUUUGGGAGAAAGGGUUCCAAAGGUAGCAGAGGUGACCCAGCUACUCAUUAUGGUGAACCUGGCAAGAAAGGCCCUAUAGGAGUCCAAGGCUUACCAGGACUUCCUGGAUUACCUGGAGACCAGGGUAUAUUAGGUGUUCAAGGAGAACCAGGAGAACAGGGUUCCAAAGGGUUGUCUGGAAACCCAGGGAUACCUGGAUUCCCAGGUGUGCAGGGAGCUGCAGGAUUUCCAGGCCCUCCAGGUGAACAAGGUGAACCUGGUUUUUUGGGAACUCAAGGUUUCCCAGGAUCACCUGGUAACCCAGGUAGAAAAGGCUUAUCUGGAUCACCUGGAGUAAAUGGUGUAAAUGGACAAAAAGGUCAAAAGGGUUUGCCAGGACCUCCAGGUUUAAGUGAAAUGGGACCUCCAGGGUGCAUAGGAGAACAAGGGCCAAAAGGUAACAGAGGAGAACCUGGGCUACCAGGAAGAACUCAAGUAGGUCCUCAAGGAGAGAAAGGUCUAAGAGGUCCUCCUGGUAAGCCAGGUGUUUCUGGUCCUGCUGGCCUUAUGGGUCAGCCUCCUGAAAAUAGAACUUGUGGCUUUCCUGGAGAUCAAGGUUCGACUGGCUCAGAUGGCAUUAGAGGCCCUCCCGGCGAUCCAGGGCCUCCAGGAAAAACUAUACUUAUUAAAGGAGAUCCAGGGGACUCUGGCCCUUUGGGCCCACCUGGUAUUCCUGGUCCAUGCGGUAAACAGGGAACUAAGGGUAUUCCAGGAAACCAAGGGAGAAAAGGGUCAAAGGGUCCAAUGGGGAAACCUGGUAUUCAAGGACCAUCUGGUGUCCCUGGGGACCCUGGAGCUCAAGGUCUUCAGGGACCAAUUGGUCCUGUGGGCCACAAAGGUUAUAGAGGUGAUCCAGGAAAACCUGGAAGGGUUGAUUUCUCAUCAUGUCCUAAGAUUCCAGGGCCUCCUGGUGUAUUAGGCCCCCGAGGACCACCAGGCUUUGUAGGAUUAAGAGGGCCAAUUGGCUUUCCUGGACCCCCAGGAAAUAAAGGAGAAGAAGGCUCAUUAGGUGAGCAAGGACUAGAAGGCGCGCUUGGACCAGCAGGACCUGAUGGUGAUCAAGGUGACAUGGGAGAAGAAGGAAACAUAGGGCCACAAGGUCCUCCAGGCCAAACUGGGAUUCCAGGGCAACCAGGAUCAGCAUCCAAAUGGAGUAGCGGGUUCCUGCUUGUUUUGCAUAGUCAGUCAGAAACAGAACCAUUUUGCCCUGAGGGAAUGACAAGAUUGUGGACUGGAUACAGUCUGCUGUAUUUUGAAGGGCAGGAGAAAGCCCAUAAUCAAGAUCUUGGUCUGGCUGGAUCCUGUCUCCCGGUGUUUAGCACGAUGCCUUUUACCUACUGCAAUGUCAAUCAAGUCUGCUACUAUGCAAGUCGAAAUGAUAAAUCUUACUGGCUUUCAAGUGCAGCUCCUUUGCCCAUGAUGCCCAUCUCAGAUGAAGAAAUAGAGCACUAUAUUAGUAGAUGUGUAGUAUGUGAAGCUCCUGCCCAAGCCGUUGCAGUUCAUAGUCAAGAUCAAUCUAUUCCUUCUUGUCCACCAAACUGGAGAAGUCUUUGGAUAGGUUACUCAUUCUUAAUGCAUACAGGAUCUGGUGACCAAGGAGGUGGACAGUCUCUCACGUCACCUGGAAGCUGCCUGGAGGACUUCCGAUCAGCACCCUUUAUUGAAUGCCAGGGUCGACAAGGAACAUGUCACUUUUUUAUUAAUGAAUACAGUUUCUGGCUAACUACAGUGAACAAUGAGACACAGUUUUUAUCAUCCCCUGUCCCAGGAACUAUCAAAGAUCAACAAGAACAACGCCGAAAUAUCGGCAGAUGUCAGGUUUGCAUGAAAUAUGGCUAGUGGAUAUUGAACACCUUUUGAACAGAAAUAAAGCUAUUUUUUCUCA